AUGCACGGCCCAAGUCGCAAGCGCUCGUUCGAUGACAAUGACCAGGACAACAACUACAAACGUUCACGCAUAGACGACCGUCCGAACAAUUCUCGACGUCAUGAACGACGUCAUGAUCGUGAGCGUUUGAAUGAAAGUGAUCGCGCUCGUGCUUGGCGAUUGGCUAAAAAAGCGGUCGUUGAGCUCGGAGACGGCGCCGAACGCGAGCAAUUGACGCGUACAAGCGACCUGUUGCUGCGUGAAUUAGAGGCGGAUGCACAGGAUGUAAAACUUGGUCACUUGGCUACAUUGAUCCUACGCUCGGCCUCUCGCUUGGCGCACAAGACGGCGCUCUAUGCGACGCUCGUGGGGCUCGUCAAUGCCCGUAAACCGACCUUUGGACGGGAGAUUGUGGCUAAUGCCACACAAUGUUUGCAACGUGAUGUGAACCACUUGAAUCUUGAAAAAGGAGACGAUCCGGACAUUGCCGAUACAGAUGUUUUUCGUCGAGAUGGAGAUGUAAUUGCGGUUGCGAUACGUGUGCAGCUGAUUAUCCGUCUCUUGGCUGAACUCUGUGCUGCUCGAGUAUGUAAAGCUGAAGAUGUCCUGGUUAUGCUGGAUUCCAUCCAAGGACUAUGUACGUCCGAUGACUGGGACGGAGAUGACGAGACGUUUGCGUCUUUACGAGCAAGAGAAGAUGCAGCUGCUUGGAAAGAUUUCUUUGCCUUGGUGGUGCUAACUACACUCCUACAUAGUGGCAAAGAACUGGCGAGAAGUGCUGACAAUUUAUUUGACAGCUUGUUAAGUCGAUGCAGAGAGUACGUCUUGCAUCGUGAAGAGGAGAAUAAUCCACGUGGAUCAAGUGCUGGCUCAUCGUCUUGGCGUACAAGACGUUUGCAAUUGGCUUUGCUGUGGAGACCUGAAACUAAUGAGGAACUGUCGACGUUAUGUGCUUCUAGUGAUCCACUGUCACUUGUAUUGGAUGCACUAAGCGCUAUUUGGAGUGGAAAUGGAGAUGAUAAGACUGCUGCGUGGGAACUCCGGGGUGUCAGUCACCCACAGGACGUCUUUGCUCCGGACUUUGAAAAGUCAGAGACACAUGCGUUUGCUGUGUCCCUUUCGAUCGACCUGACUAAGCUUGACCCGAACAAGAUCCCGCCGUACACGAUGGUGUUCCGUAUUCUGUCGGAUGAAUCGGGUGCUAUUGGUGCCGCUGUUGCAACGUUACCAUUGGCCUCGUAUCUCAUUACUCGCAAUCAUUUCGUAGAUGCACUGGAGACCUUUUAUUCAAAGCCUGCAAUUGCGGCCAAACUGCUGCUAGGUCUCUGCAGUAUGUAUAAUACCCGGUUUGCUUCAUCUUUGGCUGCAGAAGCUACUCGUGUGAAGAGUGAGUAUAUACUUGUGGAGACAUUGUUGGUCGCGGCCCUGAGUGAGAACGCACGUGCCAAGCUGGGUUAUUAUUGCUCGGUGUUGUACCACCUUGUGAAGACGGAUGCUGGCAUUGUGUCACCAGCUUUGGCUGUAGUAGUAGAGUUGCUGUUCCGUGAGGUGCCGACAAUGCGCGCUACUACCGUUAAUUCGUUUGUGCUACUUUUGAGCCACUUCCUGUCUAACUUUGAGUUCAAGUGGCGUUGGUCCGCGUGGUCGUAUGUUCUGGAAGCCAGCGAGGACGAUCCUCAACGUCUUUUUGUCAGCGCUGUAAUCGAGCGUUGUGUGCGCCUCUCGUACCUGCAACACAUGCAGAGCGCCCUACCUGCUGAUUUUCACGUGCUUUUGCCUCCGACACCCAAGCCUCGUAUCCGCUUCCAGUCCGCAAAAGAGAAAGAUGCUGCUGGUGCAGUGGCUGAUGAACCCGACGCUGCAUCAGAGUUCUAUCAGUCUGUGACGACAAAACUGAAAGGCCACCCACCAGCUACUGCUUUGCGCACUUGGCUUAACGAAGAACUUCCUCGUCUGGAGAUCUCACGCGGAGAAGCUGUGGAAGUGGUCUGGACGUGCAUCCUGGAGGCUGGGGCGGCUACGUUCACACACAUGCGUCUAUUGCUGGAAAAGUACGGCAAACGUUAUGAGCUCUUUGGUGGAGAAAAUCAGUCGGGCGAUGAAAUGGAUGCUGACGAACUUUCGCUGGUCAAGACUGUGGCUUCCGUUUGGCUGAAGUCGCCGCAGCACAUCGGCUUAAUUCUAAAUGCUAUGCUACGUCAAGGGCUUUUCCGUCCAUCCACCAUUAUAACAUGGGUCUUCACCCCUGAUGCUGUGCAGCAGUACAGUUGGCCAUACGUGUGGGAGAUACUUCACGAUACGUUGAAGUUUAUACAAGAUGCCAUUAGCGCUAAGACGCGGCAGUUAGAGCAGGCUACUUUGCCCAAAUUAUCAGACGACCGUGACGAGGACAUGCCUGACGUCGAAAUAGUCGAGGACGGCCGCAAACGCCUUCAGAAUGAUCUGCGUCAGCUGCUUGUGCUUCUGUUCAGUGGGUUUAACAGAGUAAUUACAGAGCACAAGGCGGAGUGCGAUGCAGAGGGCUCAGACCCUCGUGACAACUGGUUUCGUAGUACUUUGGCGCAGAUGCAGGCUGUAGGCGAUCGGUACCGUGUACCGCUUGAAGAUGUUCUUGAUGAGCUGCAGCUUGAGGUUUUCAGCGUUAGUGCUUCUGCUGAUGCAGACACCACCAAGAUCUUCCAGCUCGUUCGUGAUUCGUACCGCAGCGCUUAG